CAGCCAGCCAGCCAGCAGCAGCGGCGAGGGGGGAAGCAUCGUGGAAAGAGAGGGGGGACGGCGACGGGGACGACGACACGCAGGUGACGUCUCGGACGCGACGUCACCAUGGUGAUGCUCGAUCGACUGCGUGCGCGGUGGGCGGAUGAAGCAAUGCAAUUGUGGGAGGGGAGGCGAGGGCCCUACUUCCAAUUGUUUUGUCAGGAUAGCCGUCCAAUCGUAGGCGCUAGCGUCGUGCAGGGAGGGAUGGCAGCGCACUAUUCUCUCUCUCGGUCCCGGCGACCGGCGUCAUUCACUGCAGCGGCGCCGAUUCCGGCACCACCGUCCUUGGUGGCGUACGUGGCAUCCGGCGGCCGGAAAGCUUGGUGAUGGCGACCGACCGUACCUGUGGCUCUCUCAUCCGACCGCACCGCAGGGAAGAACGAAGGUUGUUGGAACCUUCAUUCACCAUGGGAAGGCCAAGAGGAGGUGGUGAGUGGGGAAUUUGCUGCAUGCCCUGUCAGCAAACAAAGGCAAGUCUAGCCAUCAUGGGAAAAGGUCUUCUCCAGAAAUUCAGAAAAGGUGAUUCUACACUUGGAAUGUACAGAGGACACAAAACCACCUCGCUUGGGUAAUGUGCACUGGGUACAGUCGUACAGAUGACACAAACCACUUCGUUCAAAAAAGGAAGUAAAAAAAAAUGACCGGCCAUUUAGAAAAGACUGGCAAUGUGCAUUGGGUAAUACUGCAGAUGCUAAUGAUGAUAGGACCUUUGCUUCAGGAUCCAAGUAACGAAAUCAGCAAUUUUGUCAUGCUUGGCUAGUUGAGUACCUGAAGGCUGAAGAAGUGCAGAGGUAAUGUGCUAGUGCAGAAGGAAGAAAUGCAUUUCUGCUUGAUUUAAAAGAAAAAAAGAGAGAGAAAUGCUAGGAUUUUUUUUGCCUUGUGUACCUGUGUACCAGGCCAGAACCCAGGAGGUGGCAACACAGGAGUUUUACCUAAUGUAUGUAUUUUGCAUGUACAGAGUAAACUAAUGCCUUACCCACGAUUACAGACUUGUUUCGAUGAUUUGAUUUACCACAAACAUUUUUUUUUGGAGCAAAGAUUUACCAAACAACUUUUUUUUUGAGACAAUUUACCAAACCUACGGGCCAGGCUGGGCUGGGCUUACAAGGAAACCAAACGCGCCCAGAAUGGAUCACAGAUCGGGCGCGCCGCGUUAUGGGCCAGGGGCGCCGCGAGGGGCAAACCAGAUCGAAAGCAGAUCCUUUUUCUCAAAAAAAAAAAGAAAAAAAUCAACAGCAGAUCAUAUGGUUUGGACUUCGCCGGCGGCGCCGCCAUUACCAACGCACCAGUGCCGGGUGCUCGAUAUGGCCCUCUACGCAGCGUCCAGGGUGGCCGCCUGCUGAAGCAAGGGAAGAUCCGGUGGGAUCGAUCGCCGGCCAGAUGAUGGGAGGGUGAAGCUUCCCGGUGCCGUGAUGUGUGCCUGUGCGUGCUCGCCGUCUACCUCAGGUAAGCGAAAACGACGACCUGAUGCAUAUAUACAAGUCGGUCUACGUAUAGGCAGUACUCAUUAGACGAUCUUGCAUAUAGCCACUAGUCAGUACUCACUACUCUGUAGACCGGAUUUGCUCUGUGGUUCUCGCUGUCUCACACAUCAGGAACAGAUUGGUGCAGUACGUCAGUCAGUCAGUCAACCCUGGACCCAACUGAGGGGCCGAAGGAGACCACUCAAGAAAUUGUUGCUUCAACUUUGACUGACAAUGAUAUUUUGAGUAAUGGCCUGUUUGAUCCAUGGACACUAAAAGUUAGCGAGCUAAUAUAAUAGCUGCUAAUUUUAGCUAGGUAAUUUUUAGUAGAGGUUGUUUGGAUCCACCUGCUAAUAGGUGGUUGGAUAAUGGAACUAAUAGUUAGCAAUCCUAUAAUAAUUAGUAGGUUUAUUAGCAGGACCUUUUGGAUCCACAAGUACUAAUUUUAGUAGCUAAUUAUUACUGUUAAUGAAUCCAAACAUGUGGCCCUAGUUAGGUAUAAAAUAAAAGUUGAAUGGUUAGAUUUGACAUCCACUGUGUUAUUCACUUAUAAUAUGUUACUAAAAAAGUGACUAUAAAGUAAGACUUGACAGCCAUAGCGCGUGCUCAGUUUCUCUUUCAAGCACCCUGAAGAACCAAACCCAAGGAAACCACUUCCGAGCACACCCAACUGAAAAAGUUACCCAAAACCCCUUUCUAGAUGAAAGAGUACCCUCUUGUUCUUUUUCCUUGCUAGAGCCGGUGGUGAAGAUCAACAGGAGGCGAAGCAAGCAUUCAAGUGGAGUCUGAGGCACAAGAAGCCAAGAAGGUUUCAAUCAGAUGGCCAUGGUGUACAAGAGGUACUGUCUCCGUGACCUCAACUGCUUCUUGCUGCUACUAGCACACCUCUUCUUGUUCUUGUUUCCCAGUAAGUCGGUGGCCACCGUGGAUGUGCCGUGUUCCGUACCGCCUAACAAGACACAGGAGGCCAUCAUGAAGAAUCUCUCAAGGGUUGUGGGUGACAGUUGGGGCUUCAGCACAAAUAUGUGCCUCUGGGUUGGAGUUGCCUGUUCGUGCUCUGGGUCUGGUUCUUCCAUGGUGGUGACCAACAUCACUUUGUCCAACUACGGCAUAUCGGACACCUCCAUCUUUUCCUCCUUAUGCCUUCUUGACACCUUGCUGUCCCUUGAUCUCUCAAGAAACUCCUUUACCAAUUUGGGGGACAAAUUCUCUGACACUUCUUGCCGCAUGAAGGAAGGUUUGCUGUCACUCAAUCUGAGCCACAACCAGUUGUCUCACAGGCUCAGUGAAUUUUCUGGUUUCUCACAGUUGGAGGUCCUUGAUCUGUCCUUCAACAUCUUGACUGCUGAAAAUCUAAGCUCAGACUUGGGUUCUUUCCACAAAUUGAGGAGCUUGAAUCUUAGUUCCAACAAGUUGAAUGGUGCUGUUCCUGUAAGUAUAGCCAGCUCCUUGGUGGAGUUGGUGUUGUCUGACAAUCAAUUGAAUGGUACAAUUUCUCCCGGUUUGUUUAAAUAUGGAAAUCUCACUCUGCUAGAUCUCGGCCACAAUAACUUCACAGGUCCCAUUCCCAGUAGUAUUACCAGUCAUGUCAGGAUGCUGAAUUUGAGUAAUAACAAUCUGCAUGGGGAGAUGUCCCCACAUUUCCUCUCGCAUAUGGGGUUGCAAACUGUUGAUCUUACUAGUAACAUGCUUGAAGGGACUAUUCCUAGCCAUUUGUCUCCAAGCCUCUAUGGCUUGAGACUUGGUGGAAAUAGGCUUAGUGGGAACAUUUCACAUUCAGUUUGUGAUGGCAUGGGCUUGAUUUAUCUUGAGUUGAAUGACAACCAGUUGACAGGAAAUAUACCUUCAGAGCUUAGUAACUGCAAGAGCUUGACUUUGUUGAAUCUGGCAUCAAAUAAGUUUCAGGGUCUAGUUCCUGUUGCCAUCAUUACCCUUGAGAAGCUGGCAGUUCUGAAUCUCCAAAACAACUCUAUUAGUGGACCUCUCCCAGAUAUAUUUUAUCUAAGAAGCCUGAACACAAUGAUUCUUAGUCACAACCAUCUCAGCGGAGCUAUUCCUUCAGAUCUUGGCUUUUCAAGUGAAUUAGCGAUUCUUGAUCUUUCAUAUAACAACCUGUCUGGUGAGGUUCCAUCUUCACUAUGGAACCUGCAAAGCUUGACACAGUUGGUUCUUUCUUAUAAUAAUCUUUCUGGGUUUGUUCCUGGGUUCCGCCAAAAUGUGGAUAUUGAUAUAGUGGGGAAUCCUGAUCUUGUAACUGGCACAGGAAACAACAAUUACACUCCUAGUCCUAGUUCUAGUUCUAGCACUUGGAAGAGAAGGGCACACAACGUUGUAGUCACCAUCUUUGCCGCUGCCAGUGCUCUUGUUGGAAUAUGCUUCCUUGUUGUUAUUGCUGUGAUCUCAUCUCCAAAGAGAACAUACCGUGUAGACAAUGUAAGGAUACCACCUGGGGAGGAUGAUUCUCAAAUCACUAAUGGUGGCCUUAUAGCAAUGAACUGCUUCCGCACCUCUGCGAUUAUGUUCAUGAAAGAAAAGCAGGAUGAAUGGCGAAUGACAGCUUUCCAAACUCUGAACUUCGAGGCUGCAGACAUACUCCAGGGACUAACUGAAGAGAACCUUGUCGGCAGCGGUGGUUCAGGGCAGGUUUACCGUGUCUCAUACACCAACCAGUACAACAAGAGCAUCGGGGUGGUGGCCGUGAAGCAGAUACGAAGCUUUGGGUCGCUGGACGAGUUGUUGGAGCAUGAGUUUGAGUCCGAGGCUAGCAUCCUAUGCAACAUCCGGCACAACAACAUUGUGAGGCUGCUGUGCUGCCUUUCUGGCGCGGACUCAAAGCUCCUCGUGUAUGAUUACAUGGACAAUGGCAACCUAGACAGAUGGCUCCAUGGCGACUAUGUCCUCCGUGCAAGGCACCCUAUGGCGAAGGCGCGGCCUGUGCAGCGUGUGCCAUUGGACUGGCCAACGAGGCUCAUAGUGGCUGUCGGCGCAGCGCAGGGGCUGUGCUACAUGCACCACCACUGCUCGCCUCCCAUCAUUCACCGGGAUGUCAAGACGAGCAAUAUCCUGCUAGACUCGGAGUUCCGGGCUAAGGUUGCCGACUUUGGGCUGGCUAGGAUGCUGAUGCAAGCAGGGGAACCCAACACGAUGACCUGGGUAGUUGGAUCAUUUGGCUACAUGGCUCCUGAGUAUGCUUACACGAGGAAGGUGAAUGAGAAGGUGGAUGUUUUCGGCUUUGGUGUUGUGCUGUUGGAGCUCACAACUGACAAGAAUGCCAACGAUGGUGGCGAUCACGGUUCCCUGGCAGAAUGGGCAGGGCAUCACUACCGAUCAGGGGCGAGUAUCCCUGACGCUACAGACAUCUGCAUCAGAUAUGCAGGGUAUGCUGACGAGAUUGAGACCGUGUUCAGGCUAGGCGUGAAGUGCACGGCUAACUCACCGUCCUCACGACCUACUAUGGAGGAUGUGCUGCAGAUUUUACUCAAAUGCAGCGAGCAGACGCUCAGGAAAAGCAGACUGGAGUGUAGCAUAGAGUAGAAGCAGUCCCGUUCUUGCUGUCAUUAGCGAGUCAGUCGUGGGAAACAGCUUUCCAACGGCAAGCAAAUUGUCAUCACACAGAAGAGUAGGUUUUAUUGGAUUGUCUGAACUCUGAAGAACUAACAUCUUACGUAUUAUCUUGGUAUUUUUGUUCAACAAAGGGAAGACCACAUUAAUUCUCAGGGAAUGAAGUAAAUUAAAAAUUCCCUCUA